AUGGCCAAGUGGGCACCGGAUUGCAACUGGGCCAAAUUUAGAGAAUGGGCUCUAGUAGCUAUGUCAUGCCAGGCUGCGAUGAAUGAUCAACAGAACAGGUCACGAGCCCAUACCCAUCUUGCUAAAUCCGUCACUAGUUGUUUUGCCAUCCUCAAAAAAUUCAGGGACAAGGAAAAAUACAUUACGCCUUUCUUAGACGGCCAAGGCAACGAUUUACCUUGUUACAUUGAGCUUUCGGGGGUUUUCAAUAUCAUCUAUUGGAUGGCGGGAAUCCAGUCACAACUGGGCACUGGAUCUGCAGAUUUCAGCAAGUGGGGGCAUGAUUUCCUCCCAUUUCGUUACACUGCCAGGACGGUACCGGAAGCGGCUCGAAGCGUUGGAGAUCUUUCACUCUGCAAGAAUCGUUUGUGGAACCUGGUUAACGUCAGCGAUCGAAAACACGGAGAUCUUCCAGAUAUAGUCGCCGCUAUUAUUCGUCAUAAGGAGUAUAUUUCCCACGAAGGUCAUAAGAAAUGUGCACCAAGCAAGUGUCAGGAAGCUCAAAUGGACAGUACCAAGGUCGUUCAGCUUCAUAAAUGCGUCGAAACAUACGAUAACUCUCAAAAUGACACUGCGGGACCCAUCAAUUGCGUGCAAAAGCUGUUUCCAGUAGAACUACUCCUGCCCAAUCUUGAGCUAGGCAAAAGUACUGCAUGGCUUUGUCAAGGAACUCAAGAAAAAAUCCCGGGAAAGGGACAGGAUAUGUCCAACGAGAUGCACCGACUUUGCUCUAACAGCGAUCCAUACAUUGCGCUCUCACACGUUUGGUCUGAUGGAACUGGUGUUGGAGUAAAAGAUGCUGGAUCUGUCAAUUCUUGUCUCUUCAAAUACUUCGCCAGUAUUGCGACUGACUUAAAGUGCAAGGGAAUCUGGUGGGAUGCAUUAUCAAUCCCGUAUGACCCCAAGGCCCGGAGUAAGGCCUUGAGCGUCAUGCACAGCAAUUAUGCCAAUGCAAGCUACACAGUUGUUCAUGAUCGGGUUUUACUGAACUUUCCAUGGAGCGAUGAUGGAGGUCCGUGUCUUGCGUUAGUUCUUUCUACUUGGUUCACGCGUGGAUGGACCACGCUGGAAUUGGCUAUGUCGAAAAGUGUCAAGGUCUUGUUUAAGGAUGCCAAAACUGGAAAGCACAUAGUCAAGGAUCUAGACCAAGACAUUUUGGCGCACAGUCCGCGCGCUUCGUCCAGAGCUCACUGGCUGGCAACCUCCCUGAUCCAACGACUCCGGAGACCGAUUGAUAACGUUGGAGACCUGGUCACGAUUCUCUCCACUCGCAGUACAUCAUGGGUGCGGGACCGCACAAUUAUCGCCAGUCUUCUUGCCGGCGUACCUGACCCCGAUCUUUCCAAGGGUGAAAGUGAAAUUACAAGAGAUAUACUACGAUAUCUGGGUAAAAUUCCUUCUGCAAGCCUUCUUCAUGGCAAGCCAACGAUGAAUGAUAGCGGCGGCUAUUCCUGGAGUCCUGCAACCCUGGAUGAUCUUCCCGUAGAAUUUUAUAGGGGUUCCCGAUCCACUGAUGAUACACUCGGAUCUAUGCUAGAGAUUGAUGACUCCGGCGCGGUUUGGGGGCUGUGGGACUCUCGGGUAGUUGUGGAGUAUGAUAUCAUGGAGCCUUACGGUAAUGACCUUGCUGCAACCCUCAGAGUUCAGCUUGCUCUAGAAGAGUGGGAUAAGCAUAUUCUCCUUAUGCCACCGGGCUCGUUCACUCGUACUAAAGCCCUGCUUGUCGUCCCGUUGGCUAUACUGAAAGAUGGUCCAACAAUCAAAUGUCGCUAUGUCGGUACUGUUAUAGUGAGACAUGACGAAGAGACGAAAUGGCUGUGGACCACACAGAAUAUCCAGUUAGGCGGCCAGGAGAAAGGAGAUCGAGAGUUGAAUCCUUGGAAGGUUUUGGAGUACUUAUCAUCAAUAAAUGAUAAAUCCAUGUUUGAUAAAGACGAGAUGGUAAUGAAGGACAAUUCGGAAGAGUCUUCGAUUGGAAAGAUGUCUGAGUCUGCGAAUCGCUUUGAAUCAUAUCCCGCCGAUUUAAGCCCUGAGGCUCUUAUCAAAGCUUUGGAAACUAACAAUAGAAGUGCCACCAAAGUUCUGGUCAAAAAUAAUGUAAUGAUCGAUCCAGCUAUCGUCAAUUUCUCGGUGGAUCAAACUGUAACAAAAGAUAAGGUCCAGCAAGAUCGCAACGACAAAAAGCUGGCUCGUGGUCUUACGCUUUUGGGGGAUGUCUACGCGGAAAAUAAGUUAUUUGAAAGAGCUAUCGCAACCUAUGCCUUUGUUCUUGAAGGAGAUUGGGCAAAGCGUGAAGAAGUGAAGAGUAGCCUCCCAUAUCGAGACAUUCAGCUCGCCUUGGGACAGUCUUUCAUGGCCGUGCAACGAAUUCCUUCGAGCAAUCGACUCGCCAGCCACAGCAAAUACACUCAAGUUGCUGAAGGUCUCUUCGCACAAAUAUUGGAAGUAUGCGAGCGCAAUGGGAGCUACUGGUCAGUGGAAAUCAACAAUAAACGUAGAGAACCAACACGAGGGCAGCCACCAACUUCAAAUCCUAUGGCGGACAAACAAAAAGACAAGACAAAGCUGACCACAGAUGAUCCAGGCAAGACUGUGAAUGAUCUGAGCAAAGAGAUCCAGGAUCGACGGGGUGACGAGCGAAAAUCAACCAAGUGGUUUCAACUAGAGCUCAACGCCAUCGCUGAGAUGAUCGCUUUGGCGGCCAGUCGCUAUGAUUUCAAGACAGCCAGCGAACAAUGUAAAAGGGCCCUAAGAAAUUUCGGUGACUCGAUUGAGGAUUUUGAAGGAUUUAAACCACGAUGGCCAGAUAGGAGAACUCAGAAUACCAUCUCGAAAAAAAAGCGUGAUGAAACCGUCGCCGCAGUCUACCAGCGAGCUUUAAAGAGACUAAGCUCCAUCCUCAAAAAGCAUCACCCGCUACUUCUCGUUAUUCGACUGCAUUUAGGAGCGAAUUACAAUCUUCAAUCCAAAUACAAGCAAGCUGAGAUGCACCUCAACCAAGUAUUAUCAGGCUUGGAAAUUCAGGCUCAGCCGUAUAUUCAAGGAUUCAACACACAUGAUUCUUUGGCGGCUUUUCAAGAUCAUCAUGUCCUCCUUGCUUUGACAAAAUACCACCUUGGCCAGACAUACAUGGAACAAGAUCGAUAUGACCACGCUCGCGAUAAGUUUAACGAAGCUUUGAAAUUGAAUCCAGCCGGAAGACCAGAAGGCAGCGAGCUUUAUUAUUCAACCACCUUGGCUCUGUGUAAAAGCUAUCUAGAGCGCGACAAGGUUGAUGCAGAUAAGGCCCUCAAACUUGCAGUGUCCGUCAUCGUGGCCAACCAGACGGAGAUAGUAGGAUCAGACCCAGAUUGGCAUCUACUGAUGGAAGCAAACUUGAGCGUUGCCCGAGCUCUCCGUGCGACCGGAGAGACAAACAAUAUAGAUGAGGCCAGCAAAAUUUGUGAGUACACUCUGAACUUGGCUAAAGAGAAAGGUUUGUUUGGUGAGAAGAGCAAUCUGGAUGAAGCAGAUCUAGCUUCGUUUUAUGCUUCCCUCUACGAAGAGAAAAAGCUCUACGAGGAAGCCAAGAGCCUCAGAGGGAGUGUUCGUGAUAUUGUUUCAGAGCUAGAAGGACCCACCAGUCUAUCAUACGUUAAGUGCUCAAACACUCUCACAAAGACACUCCAGACAAACGGAGAUUUCCUGACGUCGGUGGACAAGCACGACGAGGCACAGAUAGAGUUUGAAAAUGCUAUUGCCGAAUUCAGUGCUGUCUUCAAGGGAUUUAAAGAGGUCUUAGGAGAAUAUGCGACCCGGACAUUGCGGACUUGUCAGACUCUUGGUACGCUUCAUCUUGCUCUUGGGCAGAUGGAAAAAGCUCGAGAAUUUUACGAUCAAGCAUACCAAGGAUACCGGAAGCGAUACGGAAUAAAUCACCGCUAUACUUCGACUGCAGCCCACAAACUUGGGACUGUCUGCUAUCAAAGCUGCAAAUUCACACAAGCAAAAGAGUCAUUUCUGACGGCGUACUCUGGAUACAAGGAAGACAUAAAAAAGAAAAAUUUUCACAAAGAUAUCACGUCAGUGUUAAUCGAUCUAGCUGAAACCUGUGCAGUUCUUGGAGGCCCAGACUACGAGGAGCUUGCGGAAAAGUACUACAACCAAGCACUGACUCACCUAAAAGAUUGCGGGCGCGACGACAUGAAGCAUGAUGUGUUCCGCGUAAAGCUCAAAAAGGGUGAUUUAUUCAGACAACAGAAGAAGUUUCCGGCGAAAAAAUUAAUCCUGGAGGCAUAUCAACAUUUCUGUGAUUUUGAUUUGAACGAGUUGAACAAAGACAACGUGGAUAAUGGUAAUGCAAUAAAGCGACACGAUUCAGUAGAGCAGUGGGAAGCCAUGUUGCGAUGGGCAGAGCUACUAUUGAAUCUUCAACAGCACGAAAUCGAGUGGGAAGGUUCUGAAGAUAACCCCGAAGAAUUAAUUCGGGAGGCUAAGAGAGGUCUGAAAGAUGCCACUAGUGCUAGCCAUCCGCUUACCAUUCAGGCUGCGGUUCUCCUUGGUGAAAUCUGUUUGCAGAAAGAAUGUCAGGGUGGUUGUGAGGGGGAAAGGGAGCUCGAAGUUGUUAUAAAUCUUUGUCAGAAGAUUCUACCACCUGGUGCUCCCGUGAUAAUCAGGUCUAUGGAUUGCUUGAUUCACCAUUGGUCUGAAAACGCCGAUAAAAGUAAAGAUGUUGAAAACAUGCAAAAAUCCAAGUGGAAAGCUCUCAAGGAUGGAUAUGGCAUUGACACGGCAGUUGCGAUCAUGAAAAUGACAGACCCCAAGCGAGAAAAUAUUAUGUGGAGCUUCAAUUAUCUUGAUGACGAAGAUGAUGAGAACGAAGAUGAUGAAGAAGAUGAAGAAGAAGAAGAUGGCGACAACGAAGACGAUGACAGUAGCUCUGAUGAAGACGACAUGAGCUCACAGUCGAGUGAUGAAGAGGAUCUGGAUCUCAGGUGCGAACAGGGAGUAUCAGAACAAGUGGAACAGCAGUGCAUUGUCCCACCAGAGUAUUUUACUAUGGUUCAUAAUGCGCAGCCUGUUAUGGCACAGCCCUGCAACCCAGAAUUCCAGGUUCAGCAGCAGGAACAAUUUAUGCCCCAACCUCAAUACCAGCAGCAAAACUUUGAGGAAAGUCUGGCCUCGCUUGUUCAAAACAUAUUGAAUUUACCCUUUCAGGCGCUUCAAGGGUUCAGCGAUGAGUUCAAUGAAAGAGAUAAUACUCUGCCCCAGGAACAUCCACCGUCACUCUUUCAAACCACAUUGGAUCUACCCUUUCAGGCUCUUCAAGGGUUCAGCGAUGGAUUCAAUGAAGGAUAUAAUGAAGGAUAUAAUACUGGGUUCCAGGAGAAUCCACCGUCACUCUUUCAAACCACAUUGGAUCUACACUUUCAGGCGCUUCAAGGGUUCAGCGAUGAGUUCAAUGAAAGAGAUAAUACUCUGCCCCAGGAAGAUCCACCGUCACUCUUUCAAACCACGUUGAAUUCACCCUUUCAGGCUUUUCAAAGGUUCAGCGAUGCAUUCAAUGAAGGAUAUAAUGAAGAAUAUAAUGCUGGGUCUCAUAUAUUACCUUUAAUUUGGUGCAACAAUGUAAAUUUCCAACUUCCUGGCCAAACGUUGGCAAAUUGCAAUUCAACAUCAUUACCUCCACAAUUCUAUAAACAUCUCGGGAAUCUCCUUGGAAAUCCAGGUGCCAGCAUUGGAACGAUCAGUCUCUUCGUCGACGAUUUCACCUCCACAUAUAAAUGUAUAUCCGGAAAAGUCAAUUCAGAAGCAAUAGGUCAAUGUACCUCUGCAGUCACUCCCCGAUCAGACACCGAAUUGAUAGCCAGAACUUCCGGAGAAGUUCUCAAUGAUCACUAUCUCCCGUCUAGUACGAAAGCAUUCCCAUCGGCGAUAUCCCAACUCACCAGCAGCGUCCCCCUAACUUUCUAUAAACAACUCAUCUACUGCGGUAUCUGGCGCGCCAUUAUAAAAACUGGCGCUGCUGCUUUCCUGCAGCAGAUAUACGGUCAGCAAGCUGUCGUCGGUUUCAAUGGCUCCACUAUCACAUCUAUCUAUCUCGCUUCUCCUGUUGCUUUUUUCAAAGCCUAUCAUGCAAGUUUUGCAUGCUAUAUCAGUACCACGACGGGCGUGAGCCUCGGGUCUAUAUGUACGGUACAAGUCAUGGCAUUCAAAACGGAUGGGUCGACAUAUGAGGACGUUGCGGGUGGUGGAUAUGAUGGAUGCACAUUCCCCAGUACAGGAACGAACGUCACAAAGCUCUCCUUCCAAAUCGUCACAUCUGAGAUUUUGCAGGAGGUGGAUCCGUCUCUGGGUGGAUUACUGAAAGGAGCGAUUGGAACGGUGGGGUCGAUUAUGUUUAUUAUUGAUAAUUUCGAUGCGAACUACAAUUGUGUGGCUGGGAAGACAAAUUCUGUGGUUGUGCCGGGACUUGUGGAUGAGAGAAAUGGGGAGGGGUGGAAGUAG